UAGUUUCCUAUUCUCAACGUGGUUGUGAAUGUGAAUAGAAUCAACACACACACGAUAAUUUCACAAAAAUAUACCAAAAUACUUAUUUUAUUUUUAUACCUUCGCACAAGGAACACAUCCAGGAAGAAAAGAACAAGUAUAGCAGGCGUAGAGUGAGAGUUCGAGUGCGAGGCAAACGACUAAACCAAAGGAUUGCCAUCGCCGACCCACAAUCCACAAGAGUCUUUUAAGCAGCUGCAAGUCGUUGGCGAGCAAUAUUAUGCGAUAUUCGGUUUAAUUCUGGCUGCCCAUUAGAAAGAGAUAACCAGAGACGCACAUUAUCCAUUCGUCAGACGACAGCCGACAAGAGUCUUUCAAUUGCGUGUCAUGGACAUUAAUCUAAGCUUGGAACACUACGAGGAGUUUUACAAACUGGCUCUUGCCGCCCAAGAACAGGCGCAUGUGGCUCCCAAAUGCCUGAGGAGAGUGGAGGAGCUACAGCUCCGAUGCCGCAUCUGUGGCUGCUUGGACGAUGGCAGCUUUGUGGACUUGGAUGCGGUGCAAGACUUUGAAUUCGAGCCCUCAAUUUGCAGUUACCGCGAACUCUUUCAGCGCACCUCACUACAGUUUCAAUUCCACACGAUGCCUGAUCUGCCGAGUCGCCUCUGCAUCAGAUGCGGAUACAAAGCAAAGAUAUUUUAUCUCAUGACCAGACAGUUUGUAUACGGCCAGAAUGCGCUACGCUCAACGGUCACGGAUUGGUAUCACACAAAAUACCAAGUAGAGCCUCCCGAGCAAAUUGAAGAUCGCAAGCGACUGAUGAAGCAAUUGGCUUUAACCGAAGCUGCUCAGAUCGAGGCAAAGCGUAAGGAAAUGCAAGCGACAAAGCCACUGACGCCAGUCAAGGAUCUAAUAAAAGGCUAUGACAUGCAAGGUUCAUGCGACCUUAAACGAUCGAUUUCAGUUGACAAUCGAUUGAAUACAACAGGCAUACCGAGUCAACUUAGUUCCGAAUCACACGAUCGAAAGAUUAUCAAAGAAGGUCAGCAAAUGGUGCGCUCAACUAUAAAUCUCGGAGGUGCUUCAAAGAUGCGAAGUCCCACCGUUAAAGGUAAUAACCAGAGUCAGCUCCCGCAGUCUCAGCAAUCACAGACAGCUCGCAAUCAAGUGCAUCGAGCGGAGACUCCAAAGACGCCUUUUCGAGAGAGGUUUGCUGGUCUUAAGUCAGAUGAGAAUCGCGAGUGCCAGGUUACUCCACGAGUCAUGAGGAGCGAGGCGAGAGGAAGUGGAGGACGUGGAGAUCGUGCCCUACUUAAAACUCAGUCGAAUCGUAAAAUUCUGGAUACGACUUCAACGACAGAAGGCAAGCUCCCGCAAUCGCAAGAGUUUGCUCCCUCAAAGGCUCAACUGCUGCAGAAGCUUCAGGAGCGUAGAAGACAAUGGCGAUAAUCCUAGUACAAAUAAUAAUGCAAUAGUUGUCCUACAUUAUAAUUAGUUAUAGUUUGCCAAUUUAAUAGUGAAAACGGAAACAGUGAAAGCAACAUUUCGAAAUAAGCUACGUCUAAAUUCUUAAUGUAUAAGUGUGAUUCUCGUGCAAAUCCGACUCACACUGUUAUACAUACAAAUAAAUACGAAAUGUCGAGAAGCAAUAA